AUGGAAAAUUGGUUCUGUGAUUUGCCCGACGAUUUGCUCACGCGGAUCUUGCUCUUUGUCCCAACAAAAGACGCAGUCGCCACCUCAAUCUUGUCUAAACGAUGGCGUCAUGUCUGGAGGAUACUGCCUAAACUGGCCUUCAAAGACGCAGGCAACGAGAGCGUUGGGUGUUUCAUUGAGAAGUCAUUGCAACUCCAUAAGUCACCGAAAUUACAGAGCUUGAUUGUAGAACUCGGUCCACGUUCUCCUGUUGAUGUAGAUGUAGGGAAGUUGGUUGAGAACGCAGUUAAUCGCGGUGUGGAAGAGUUAGAUUUCAAGCUCCUCUGGAACGCAGAUCCCACAAGCUUUCCAAAGAGCCUUUACACAUGUGACACGCUUGUUUAUUUAACUCUGUCCAACAAGAUUCUCGUGGAUGUUUCUUCCUGGGCUCGUCUACCAUCUCUCUUAUACCUGGAACUUAAUGACGUGGUGUACAAAGAAGAAGACUCUCUUGUCCAGCUUUUGUCAAGUUCCCCUGUUCUUAAGUGGCUGAGUGUGGAACGACGACGUGAGGAUGACAACUUGAAAAACUUUGCCGUGAAAGUGCCUUCCUUAGAAAAAUGAUUUUAUACGACUAUUAGUGGAAAGGAUGAUGAGGUAGAGGAUAAUGAGGUAGAGGACAAUGCCGAAGAGGAUUUUGAGGUAGAGGAAUAUGAGGUAGAAAAUGAAGAGGUAGAGGAUGAUGAUGCUCUCAAUGGAUUGUUGGUUAUAGAUACCCCUGCGCUAUCAUAUUUGAAUAUAUUGGACGACAGGGGAUAUAAUUGCUUGAUUGAGAAUAUGCCUUGCCUUGAUGUGGCAUUCAUCAGCUUAGAUCUUAAUCUCAUGAUUGACAAGUUUAUGAGAUCUCUUUCUUCUGUCAUACAUCUGGACUUGUUUUUGACCAAACCAAUGGCUGCGUGCUGUAACGCCAUCAAGUACUCUCGGCUCAUUGAACUUAACUUUUCUCCAGCAAAUUCUGUAGAAUGGUUGGAUCCACUUAUGUUUUUGCUCCAAAACUCUCCUAAACUAAAAUCUCUUACGAUCGAAAACAACACCGAGGUUCUCCCACCAUCCUGGAACCAGCCGAGUUGUAUUCCCGGAUGCUUGUGGUCUCAUCUAGAGAUCUUUAGGUGGAGAGACUAUGGAGGAAGAGAAGUUGAGAAACAACUACUGACUUACAUUCUCGCUAACUCAAAGUAUUUAAAGACAGUGGAGAUCUCCUUCAUAGAAGUCUGCCAUCUUGAAAAGAGACAAAAGGAGAUAGAAUCUAUGCCUAGGAUUUCAACCUCAUCUCGGCUUCUAUUCCCCACUCAAAUGAAAAAGAGAUUUAACGGCUAUAUGUUUAACUAA